AUGGCCAGGAGCAAGGCCACCCUCCGCACAUGGCUGGGCUGCCCUGGGCUGCUGGGCUGUUUCUUGCUGGGCUUUCUUGCAGGAUGGCUUACAAAACCGACUGAAAAAAACCCCAACUCUUCAGAUGCUGAUCAAAAUGUGAGACAGAAACUUGUGGCUGAAAUGAAAGCAGAAAACAUCAAGCAAUUCCUUCGCUCAUUUACCAAGUUGCCUCACCUCGCAGGAACUGAACAGAAUCUUCUUCUUGCCAAACAAAUUCAAAGCCAGUGGAAGGAAUUUGGACUGGAUUCAGCAGAACUUGUUCAUUAUGAUGUGCUGCUUUCGUACCCAAAUGAAAAGCAGCCAAACUACAUCUCAGUAAUUGAUGAUCAAGGGAAUGAGAUUUUCAAUACAUCAUUGUUUGAACCACGUCCACAGGGGUACGAAAACGUUACUGAUAUACUACCACCAUAUAAUGCUUUUUCAGCACAAGGAGUACCAGAGGCAGAUCUCGUAUAUGUGAAUUAUGGCCGCACCGAAGAUUAUUUUAAACUGGAGCGUGAAAUGGGAAUUAACUGUACAGGAAAGAUUGUCAUUGCCAGAUAUGGGAAGAUCUUCAGAGGAAACAAAGUUAAAAAUGCCAUAUUAGCAGGAGCCCAAGGGAUCAUACUUUAUUCAGACCCUGCUGACUACUGCGCCCCAGGAGUAGCUCCAUAUCCAAAUGGCUGGAACCUGCCAGGGGGAGGAGUCCAGCGUGGGAAUGCGUUAAACCUGAAUGGAGCUGGGGACCCUCUAACACCAGGUUAUCCUGCAAAAGAGUACACUUUCAGGUAUAAAGUUAAUGAAGGUGUAGGGAUUCCCAAGAUCCCAGUUCAUCCCAUUGGAUAUCAUGAUGCAGAAGUAUUAUUACAUUCAAUGGGAGGACCUGCAGCCCCAGACAGCAGCUGGAAGGGAAGUCUCAAUGUGUCUUAUAACAUAGGGCCAGGAUUUGCAGACAACUCUUCUACAAGAAAAGUCAGAAUGCAUGUUCAUACAAACAAUAAAAUAACACGAAUUUACAAUGUCAUUGGAAUCCUCAGAGGAGCUGUGGAACCAGACAGAUAUAUUAUUUUAGGAGGUCAUAGAGACUCUUGGGUAUUUGGUGGUAUCGAUCCGACUACGGGUGCAGCUGUUCUGCAAGAGGUUGUACGGAGUUUUGGUAAAAUGAAGAUGGAAGGUUGGAGACCUAAGCGAACUAUUAUUUUUGCUAGCUGGGAUGCAGAAGAAUUUGGAUUGUUGGGUUCCACAGAAUGGGCUGAGGAAAAUGCCAGAGUCCUCCAGGAGCGGGCAGUUGCUUACAUCAACACAGAUUCUUCUAUAGAAGGCAACUACACAUUAAGAGUUGACUGCACCCCUCUUCUCUACAAACUGGUGUAUAAUCUGACAAAAGAGAUUUUAAGCCCUGAUGAGGGUUAUGAAAAUAGGACUCUUUAUGAGAGUUGGCUUGAGAAAGAUCCUGCACCUGAAAAUAACAGCUAUCCCAGAAUAAACAAACUGGGAUCAGGCAGUGAUUUUGAAGCUUACUUUCAGAGACUGGGAAUUGCAUCAGGCAGAGUCCGUUAUACCAAGAAUAGGAAAGCAGACAAAUUCAGCAAUUAUCCUGUUUAUCACACUGUGUAUGAGACCUUUGAGUUAGUGGAAAAAUUUUAUGACCCCACCUUCAAGAAACAGCUAACGAUUGCCCAGUUACGAGGCAAGCUGGUUUAUGAACUUGCAGAUUCCCAGGUCAUUCCAUUCGACUGUAGAGAUUAUGGAGAAGCCUUAAAAGGAUACAGCAAUGGAAUUUAUAAAUUGGCCAAGAAACAUGAAGAACAGCUGAAAACUUACAAAGUAUCAUUUGAUCCUCUUUUUUCCGCUGUGGCGAACUUCUCAAAGGCUGCUGCUGAAUUUCAUGUGAGACUCGGACAAGUUAACAAGGAAGAUCCAAUUGCAGUGCGAAUCAUGAACGAUCAGCUGAUGUUUAUAGAAAGAGCUUUCAUUGAUCCCCUUGGCUUACCAGGAAGGAAGUUUUACAGACAUGUCAUCUUUGCUCCAAGCAGUCACAACAAGUAUGCUGGGGAGUCCUUCCCAGGGAUCUAUGAUGCCAUGUUUGAUAUUGAAAGCAAAGCAGAUCAGCACGGUGCCUGGGAAGAAGUAAAGAGGCAGAUUUCCAUUGCAGCCUUCACUGUGCAGGCCGCAGCAGGGACACUGAAAGAAGUAGCAUAG